GAAGUUGUAAAUAACGAGCGACUAAAACAGUCUUUAGGUGCUUUCGAGUGUAUGCGAUCAUAGCGUAUUUGUCCAAAAGACCAAGGUGGUUUGUUUCAAGACCAAGCCGAAUUUAUGAGAAGGUACAUUUGCAAAACUUCCGGAGAAGUAAUUUUGAUAUUUCAUGGACGAUUUGUGUUGUAUUGAUGUGUAAUUCAAUGGGAACUUUCGUGGACAUGCCAAGUUAGACCAGCGACCUCUGCUUUUGAUUCUUGGUUUUUUUUUUGUAUGAAUCAACAUAGACGCGAUGAAAUCCAGGUAAGAUCUUAAGUUGAGACUGAAAUAGCAUCUUUAAGAAGUAGUCAUAUUUGUUUAAAGGCAUUGUUUUCACAGUGGGCCUGUCUUCAAGUCAAAGCAGAAUCAACCGGCAUCCAAAGUGAGGAAGACACACAACCAUCCAUCCUCCAACAAACCCAUGUCUCAUAAGAAGAAAACAGUAUGGAGCUCAGUAGACUUCAUAUGUAUCGAGAUGUUUUUCAUUAUUUGACUGUCACUGUAAAUAUGCCAAUUUUCUCUUUGCAGACUUUGAGUCCGGUUCGCAUUAUCCAGCAAUCUAGUCCACAGUUACACACCAGGAGGAGUCCAGUGGAGCGAAUGCUGUUUGAGGAACCUGACCACAGUUUUGCUGACAGUAGAUCUCCUUUAGCCAGUGCUUCAGCCUCCAUGGUAACACCUGGACAGUCUGUUAGAGUGGGACAACACACUGUUUCCUCAGAACCUGGAAUUCAGCAGGAUUCAGUAAUGGCUAAGUAUGUUGAUUCUGAGGAGAUUUCUCUUAGUUCUAUAAAAAAAAAAAAGCUGGUCAGUGGUUUUGUAUUCUCGCUAUUGGAGUUACACUUGUAUGAACACUGACCUUUUCUCUUGCAGGUACAUAGAGCGCUUUCGUCAUGGUCGGCCACAAAGUCGGGAAGAGCGCCAUCAGACAGCUUCAGUUUUUGGGGAUAAUCCGGAGCCUUUUUGGUGGACGUCAACUUCAGCUUCACCUCCCAGCUCAACACCAACAAACACAGCCGUCAAAGGUAUUUACUGUCACUUAUUACAGGCUGACAGAUUUUUUUUUUUAUAAAUGGGGACCUCAAUAUUCAUCAUGUUGGCAAACAUUAAAUCAUUAUGGGGAUCUUGUCUUUGAACAGAUUUUCUCCAUCCUCUGGAUCGCGAUGCCCCUUACAGUUCACUACAGAGUCGACGUGACAGAUCUCUCUCCCCCUGCAGAGGAUCCCAAAGUGUGAGUGUGUUUGUGAGUUUACUGGCCUGCUCUUGCUGAAAAAAGACAGAAAAGGUGUAAUGAGGUGUAAUGAUAGGACAACUACAGAUGUGAUUGGGUCUUGAUGAAAACACUAUUGAAAUUUUGAAAUCAUGAACUCUUGUUAAAGUAUGAAACUAGUUUUGUAUAUUUUUAGCAGAAUAAAAUAAUAAUAAAUUUUAUUUAUAACACACUUUUACAGGUGCUCAAAGACGCCUUACAAAGAAAAAUAAGAAAAUAAAAUAAAAAACACGAUUUAAAAUACAGAAAAUUUUGAGAAAUAAAACCAACGAUGUAGAAGGUUAAAAAAGACACAAUAUGAGAAGACAAUAAAAGAACAGUUCACAGGUUAAAAGCCAAUUUAAAAAGGUGUGUUUUUAGGAGUGAUUUUUAAAAUGUGGGGGUCUGUACAGUCUCGGAUGGGUUUGGGGAGUGAAUUCCAGAGGGUGGGGGUGGCAGUGGAGAAGGCUCUGUCCCCCCAAGUUUGGUGCUUGGUCCAAGGGGGUAGGGCAAGAAGAUUUCCCUCUGAGGAUCAGAGGGCAGGUGGGGGUGUCGUGGUGGAGCAGGUCUGUGAGGUAGGUGGGAGCCAGGUUGUAAUGUGAUUUGUGGGUGAGCAGGAGGAUUUUGAAUUGUAUGUGGUGUGAGAUGGGGAGCCAGUGCAGUUUUUGGAGGACAGGGGUGCUCUAAUAGAUAACAUAAAGCCAGAUAACAUGAGUGCUAAGAUUUCUCUUUUGCUUUAAUGCUUACGUCAUUAUUUACUUUUAGUGAUUCUUGCAGUAUUAAUGUUUUUCUCAUCUCCUUUUCUCAGAUUUUGUCAGACACCUCCAGCUGUGACUUCGAUGACUCGCAGUUACUUCAACUUCAAGAAAAGGCCAAUAGACUCCUUUUGAGAGAGUAUGAAAACCAGCUUGCCACAUCAUAAAUAAAUUGAUGAAAUAUUUCAGUCCUAAGCUGCUUUUUAUCUUUGUAACAGUGAAUAUGCCACAAAUGAAGAAUCCAUCCACGUCAGUUCAGAGGGUCUGGGAUGCUCAGAUUUCUCUUCUCCUCUCAGCACAGAUGAACCAGUGCAAAGACCGCUGGUUCCUCUUGCUAAUGGUAAAAUGACUGUUGACUUAAGUGAAAUUUUAUGUCUGUUAACUGAAAUACAAGCCUUAAUGCUGUUCCUGUUUUAUAUAUCAUGUGAUAUAGUUUUCCUCUUUUUCAUGUCUAACAUUUUACACCUGCUGUCAGAGUAAUUGUAUAAUGUGUUUCCCAAAACUCAGCAAAUGCGAGCUUAGACUCAAUUCGAGCUUUGACCUCCCAAAAACCCUCCGAAAUUCCUUCACUGAUGCCCCCCACUCGACCUGAAGAAGACAUCUUGUUCCAGUGGCGUUUGAGGAGAAAGAUUGAGCAGGCAAGGGAGUCGCCCUGGCAACAAUCUGGUUGUCAUGGUGCAGCAUCCAACUGGCAGUCCCCCAGUUUGAGUCAAACCCCAAAUAGAGGACAAGUCUACAAGGUUGGAGUCAUAGUACAAGACUUACUUUGUUUUUAUUUUAGUUUUAUUGUUUAAAUACUUAAAAUAACUAAAAGGUAAUUUCUUCUUGCCACAGGGAAGUACUCAAAAUCCAGACAUUGCAGGAAAAUCUGUGCACCCUCACACCGCUUCUCUCAGACCAGAGACCAAAGAAACCCCUGGAUCAUCUACCCCAUCUUUAGGUCCAGCUGCAUUCCCUCCCUUUGCUGUCUCCAGCUCUUCUGUCUCUCAACCACAAACCGUUGCCAAUGUUCCUGCCCAUAUGCAUUAUUUGUGUGAUAUCUUGCCCUGUCCGAGUCAGACGUCCAAUGCAAGCACAGAACAAGACAUUUUGCAAGGAAUGGAUGAAACCAGUGGUGUGCACAAAAAGGCCAAAGUCCCCGAAAACUCGUUAAAAACAGCCACUAAUAAACCAGAUUGUGAACAUUUGCCAGCCCAACCACAUGCUCCCUCUGGAGCCAUGGAAGGAGAGAGACCUUGUCACCACAGAGACACUGAGAGGACCAAGAGAGAGAAAUGUCAAACAAAAGGGUCUGAAAAGAUACAAAAGGAGCCACCUGUCUCCUGUAGGAAGCAAAAGAAGUCAACAAGGUAAAGAGUAUAAACAUGCACAUAACAUGCAAAGUGCAAAUUAUUUCUAUAUGUUUGUGGUUACACACGAAACAGUUACAUUCUGAUGGUUCUGACUCUUCAAACAGCAGUUCAUCACAUCACAGAGUUUCCAGAAAAGUUUUGCCACUGGCUGAGGAGCAACAGCAACAAAAGGGACCCAAGGAGUUUCGCAGUGGGCGACGUAUUGAUCAUGCACCACCAUCUCAUAUCAAAAGCGCAUUAGGACAGGUCAACAAGCCAUUGAUAUUUUCUUAGCUCCUUCACCAGUUGUGAUGUUAAAUAUUUUCCUGUAUUGUUUUGUUUUUUACUCAGAAAAGUUACACAAUACUCUGAUUAAGCUAGGGAUGCUCUCUGUACUGCUCAGUCAGGUUUUCACUUUGAUAGCCAGUUAGAAAUCUAUACAACAAAAUACGGCACUCCAAUAUAUUGCUCCUCAAAAUGUGGCAUUUUAUAAGGAUUUAAGAUUCCUGAUACUUGACCCCCUGUGGUAAAUGAUCCUUCCAAAUGGUGCCAAUGAGAUGGACUACAUUACAGAUACCUUUUUUUUUUUUUUGAGCCAGGCAGGUGUGUGUCUCUUAAUUUGUUCAAAUGAGAUGUAAGAACUUCUAUCCAACAGAGUACCUGUCAGCACAAGAAUAUUUCAGAGUAAGUGACUCAUUUGAAGCCCAAAAUAGGUCUUUAUGAUGAGGAACUAUAAAUACAUACAGAUUUAUUAGGAGAGUGACACUUACUAAUCAUCAUGAAGGUGUAAAGUCUGAAUGUUUUUGUCAUUUUUUUUUUUACAUAAAUUUUCUUAACUUUAUACAUAGUAAUAUAAAGUUGAGGCUAAGACUCAUUUUGAUGAUCAACAGUUGCAUUGACCAGUGUUUCUGUUUGGCAUUGGCAGGCAGUUUCCGAGGUGCUUUUCCCCACGGCAGAAUCAUCUCCUGCACAGGAGACGCCUGUGUCAUCUGUUUCCCCUCCACACACUUUAUCAGCACUGUCGCAGUCCUCAGUUCAUCAAUGCAAUGAUCAGAACUCUUUGGAGGUCAUUUCACAGCUGCUGCAAGAGGCUGAAGGUGAGCACAUGGUAGCAAAGAUCAACAACCUUUCCCCUCUAAUUAACUGUGGAGAAUAUCCACUGAUCUAUUAAUAACUUCUGCAUACCAAGACUUUCUGGGUCUUUCUUUACAUAAGCUUGCCCUUCAUAUGGAAAUCUGGGACCAUUUAUACUCCAUGAUAAAUUUUGCUGUUCAUACAUGUGUGAUUUGGUUUUUGGUCUUGAGACAGUUCACACACAGCCUUGGUCCUUUUUUGAUUCCUGUAACCCUUAACACCGCUUUUUGUUUUUAGAUUCAGAUGAAAAAGAGUUUGAAGACGACACUUUGUUGUUAGUCCUUCGCAAACAGAGAAAGAGGGUAAAGGAACAUAUCAGGUAAAUUAAUCAUUGAUAAGCACAUAAUACACCAAAAUGAAUGUAAUCAGUUAUGUAAAAGUUUUUAAUGUACAUGUGAUUAUCUUGGAAUCCAGUGAAAAAAAAAGUGCACUUGAAUCAUCAUAUGCUGCAAAAACAACACACCAAAGCCCACAUUGAUGAUUUUCUGUUCUUCCCUUUUUUUCAGGGAAGUGGACUACCUGAUUAAUGACAUUCUGGACAAACAACAAAGUACUUUGCUAUUAGCAAAAUGAACUUGAUUAUGUAAUUUUUAUUAUAUUUUACAAUGAAAUAAAGCUUAUUUAUACCUUGUUUUGGAAGGAAAAAGAUUUCCACAUUCAAGAAAUCUGA